CGGAUUAUACACUUCCAGCCUGACUAUCCUCGGACCACUUGCCGCCGUGGGUCCUUGGUCCAGCAACCCCAUCGUCGAAUCUUGCACCCAGGCCUUUAUUGCCGGAAGAUAAUUUUGUUGAGCUUCCUGUCUGCUCAUUUUCUAUUUUUUGAAAAAUGGCAUCAGCGAAGGCAACAUUUACGAUCCUCUUGGCCGUGGCGACGAGCGGCGUGAUAGCUUCACGAGAUAUACCCGAGUUCCUGCACGUUUGUCAAACGCAAGAUCCGCAUUACGAGACAUGUGUCACUGAGAGUAUAGAGUAUUUGAAACCGUAUCUUAAAACAGGUGUACCGGAAUAUAAUAUUCCAUCGUUGGAACCUCUCAUACUAAAAAAAUUAGAGUUUCUACCAUCAAGUAGUUUACGACUAGAGGCAACUGAUGUUGAGGCAAAGGGUGCCAGCAACUUUGUACUUAAAAAAGUGAAACUCGACUUCAAUACUUUGAUCUUCUUGGUGGAUGUGGAAUUGCCAAAUAUUCAAGUUGAAGGGACAUAUAGUGUCGACGGCAAGAUACUGUUAAUUCCGAUUCGUGGAUCCGGCCCGAUUCAUGGCAAUUUCUCAAAUUGCAUAGGCGCCUGUAAAAUGCAAAUUGAGAAAUACCUUGACGAGGACGGCGAAGAAAAGAUGCGCAUCACGGACUUCAAAUUGAAAAUCUCAGUAGACAAGGGUACAAUAAGGCUAGAUAAUUUAUUUGGUGGCGAAAAAGCCCUUGGAGAUGUCGUCAAUUCGGCUAUCAACAACAAUUUCGAUCUCUUCCUGAAGGAGCUUUUGCCGCUCGUGGAAAAAGCACUAUCUGACUCAUUCCAGAAUCUUACUACCAGCAUUAUUCAACAAUUUACAUUCGCCCAACUCUUCCCCGGCGCAUAGAUCAAUAUGUGGUAAUCCAGACGAUCAGGCGGGCUGGAAAACACUUAAAUAAAAUUUGAAGCUUUAUUGCAAAAUAAGCAAUGGAGCGAAUUAGGAAAAUUUAUUGCUAUUUUUCACUAUAUUGAAUCUUUUUUGCAUGAGUCAAUUGAGUUUUACAUUGUUAAGUUUGUUAA